AUGAGCAGGCGAACUAUUACGGUGUUCGGACUAAUAAGCCGCCGUCGAAAGAAUACGAGCAAAACAGCAGUAAGUUGCAUAGUAGCUAUGUUGCGCUACGUUUUGAGUCAUACGACGAGCUUCUGGAUUGGUUUGAGGGGUGCAGUAACGGUACAGCACUAGGGCCAACAGACAGGGCGAAUGUAGCGCGUGAGAAGCUGGAGAACUACCUGACUACACAACGAACGAAUGGCGCUGGGCAUGGCAUAGGCAGUAAGUUGCACCCAUCCGUGACAGUGCUCCACGAUGCGAAAAGUGGUUACGAUGUUUGUGAAGAUAAGCUCGUGUUGGGAGACUACGACCAUCCUAGCGGGAACCACUACUGGCUACGGUGGCCGGAGCUGGUUGAUGAGUUUAUUUACUUUUCUCACAGUUUUCUUACUGUGCCUAGCGCUACAUGGGUAAAUUGCUUGCAUAGGCACGGAAUACCGGUUGUUGGGUCCUUUGUGUUGCAAGAAGUUGAAGGACGGUACACCGACCCCAGUUUGUUCCGUCGCGAUGAUGACGGCGAAUACCGAUUGGUAAAAAUACUGGUGAGCCUGUGUCAACUAUUUCAUUUUGAAGGUUGGCUACUGAAGUUCGAGACCCGUUUCACCGGAGGUCCCAGAAGUGCUAUGGACUUUGUCCGUGCGCUGCAGAAUAGACUCAGGACAAAUGUCAAACAGGGGCGGCUAAUAUGGUGUGACUCGUAUGUGACUACGCUCAAUAAACCGCUCCCCCAAAAUGAGGUUAACUCCAAUAAUUGGGACUUUUUUAACAUUUCCGAUAAGGUAUUGACUAACGCUUCUUGGGACGUUCAUAACCUUGAAAACACAGUUCAAAACGUCGGCGCCAUUUCGGUUCAAAACAAACUUCUUUGGGGUGUUGAUGUUUGGGGGCGUGGCAUGAAAGUAGGGACCGGUGGGCUUACUUCCGAUCAGCCCGUAAAGCUGAUCGCAAAGUUCGGUAGUAACGUUUGUCUGAUUGCACCGGCUUGGGAUUAUGAAAACUUCCAGUAUAAUGAUUUUCUUGAUGUGGACGAUGAGUUUUGGACUUCCAUCAGGAGAAAGAUAAGCCGCAUGAAUUAUGAUGAAAGUAUGCAUAACAAUGUUUCUUGGUUCAUUAACAAUGAUAGCAUAUCUUUUCUCACGUUCUUCUCCACUGGUGCUGGCACCUUCUUCAAUUUCAAUGGCAGUAAAAUAUCUUCGAAAAAUUGGGUCCAGCUGUCGAUGUCGACACCGAUGCCUAUAAAGAACGACUUACUGACGUUAGACAAAUCUGAUUCCUUUAUUGGGGGAAGCUGUCUAUCCAUCACUAUUCCUAAGUUUCAGUCAGAACCGAUUAGAUUGUUUAACUUUCAACGUCAGUUCAAAGCCGGCGUUGUCGACAACUACCAGCUGAAAAUCCAUCUAUGUCAUAAAGGGUAUAUCAAAGGCAUUCUUCCAUUUGUAUUGGUAAAAUGUUAUAUUAUUAGACGGACCAAGAAAACCAGUCAUAUGAUUAAAGUCAAAGAUUUGUCUAUAAAAGUGCCUCUUGAGCCGGUAAAUGCUUGGGAAUAUGCAACCGCAACAGUGAAUAUCCCAAAAUUAUCUGUCUCAUUCAACGAAGAGUUCUUGAUUGAGUCGUGUGAAUUAGAUUGGGGAAUAAAUUCUUUUGAAGUUGCAGAUCUAGGUGAAGAACCCUGGCUCAUCAUUCCAGAGGAUGUAAGUGCUACCGAGACAGAUUCUGUCCACUCACAUUAUCAUAGUAAAAGCAACAUCUCGCUCGGGUUAUUCUCCGUCGAAAUUACUCAAAAGCAGAAGAGCAAUAUAUACAGUGAGACAAGAUUAUCCUUCUCAAACGGCCACCUGGAGUGGACUGAUAUCGAUGACACAUUUAUGUGGCUUGUUCUUGAAGAACAUCGCUUGAAGGGUAUUACUUUCGUGAACUUCUGGCCAACAGCAUCUCCCCAUGGGCUACAGCUAUAUAAAGUUCAGCGUAACGGUGAAAUAACCGACGUUGGAUCUUAUAGCUAG